CUUCCACCUGUGAACAAAUUCCAGGACGGAAAGCAAACACUUGUUUAAUUGAAUGGCAGCACUUGUGAAGGAUGGCGGUCCACGUCUCCAGGAUAUUUUCUGUGCUCUUCAUGGCAUCAGUUAUGGUUUUUAUUCUAUCGUGGGAACAUUUACCAAAAAGCAUCAGCUGGGCAGAUUUCUCAGGAAUGUACAGGCACAGAGGGGAAAACAUUUCGUAUCACAGUCGCGUUUCAUUCUGGGAAGUGAGCUCGACCGCCGGUUUAACCACCAAAGCAGAAACCACCGAGUCGACAAAAGCUGCUGAAGCCAGUAAAAGAGCCAAAAAUGAAACUCCGAUGCCCGUCCUCUACAAAAAGUCCUUCAAGAUGCUUCCUCGGUGGGAUUUCGAGGAUGUUUACAACCAGGACGCCCCACCUAGACCGACAACUUGUGAACAAUCUCUGCGAAACUCUAAAGAUGAGAGCUUCAGGAAGGCUUUCCUCCCCAACAUCCGCUUGUUCCUGCACAAAGACAACAUCAACAUGAGCGAGUGGAACCGACUGUCACACUUCAACAACCCUUUUGGGUUUAUGGAGUACAAGUACAACGACGUCAUGGCUUCGGUGAAACUGAUUCCAAAGCCAGAAGAGCCGCUGCUGCUGCGUCCUAAGCCCGGCGGCGACGGUUGUGUUCGAUGUGCGGUCGUGGGCGCAGCCGGAAUCCUCAACGGCUCCAAGAUGGGGGCAGAAAUCGACGCUCACGAUUACGUCUUCCGGAUGAACGGUGCUGUCAUCGAGGGUUAUGAGGACGACGUGGGAAGCAGAACGUCGGUCUACGUCCACACGGCUUACUCCAUGUACGCAUCGCUUGAUUAUUUCAAGAAGUACGGAUACAAAGGCGCCCCUCACGAUGAGGGUAUAAAGUAUGUGAUGAUUCCUGAAGGUUUGAGGGACUUCCAGUGGCUCGAGGGUCUCCUUAAAGGAGAGAAGAUCCCUUACGAAGGUCGAUUCCACAACAUAGAGCCGAGGACUUACUACUCGGGUCAGUACAACGAGAGCCGCUUCUACGUUCUGCACCAGGAUUUCCUCCGAUACGUGCGGAACAGGUUCCUACAAACUCCUCAUCUGAACACCUCAGCGUGGCCGAUAGUCCGACCGACCAACGGGGCGUUCGCGCUCUUCCUGGCUCUGCACACCUGCGACGUAGUCAGCGCUUACGGUUUCAUGACAGACGACUACAAGAAAUACUCCAACUACUAUUUCGAGAAGGCCGUUAAAACCAACGUCCAUUUCUACGUUAACCACGACUACCUGAUGGAGAAGGACGUGUGGAAGGACCUUCACAACAGCAAAGUAAUCAGGUUGUAUCAGAGGACUGAACCACAAACAGAGAAAGAAAAACCCAAGCAACGCUGAGAACACACCAGUAAAUGACUUAGUGUAGCUGCUGU